AUGUCUGUGGAAUCAAGCUCUGGUUCAGGAGAUCGUGGUGGACAUAAUAUCAAAGGCGUUCCCACUCAUGGUGGAAGAUAUAUGCAGUACAAUGUGUAUGGGAACCUCUUUGAAGUUUCGAGAAAGUAUGUUCCUAUCAGGCCUGUGGGCCGUGGGGCUUAUGGCAUCGUCUGCGCUGCCAUGAAUUCAGAGACACGCAAGGAAGUUGCCAUUAAGAAGAUUGGCAACGCUUUUGACAACAGAAUAGAUGCCAAGAGGACGCUACGGGAAAUUAAACUUCUUCGUCAUAUAGAUCAUGAUAACGUAGUUGCUAUUAAAGACAUCAUACGGCCUCCACUAAAAGAGAACUUCAAUGAUGUCUACAUUGUUUAUGAGCUAAUGGACACUGAUCUUCAUAAUAUUAUCCGAUCCAACCAACCAUUGGCAGAUGAUCAUUGUCGGUUCUUCCUUUACCAAAUUUUACGAGGACUCAAGUAUGUGCAUUCUGCAAAUGUCUUGCAUCGUGAUCUAAAACCAAGCAAUUUACUCCUCAAUGCAAAUUGUGAUUUAAAAAUUGGUGAUUUUGGACUUGCACGGACUACAUCCGAGACCGAUUUCAUGACUGAAUACGUAGUUACUCGCUGGUAUCGGGCACCCGAACUGCUCCUAAAUUGUUCAGAGUAUACUGCUGCGAUUGAUAUUUGGUCAGUAGGUUGCAUACUAGGUGAAAUCAUGACAAGACAACCUCUGUUUCCUGGAAAAGAUUAUGUCCAUCAGUUGAGACUGAUCACAGAGCUCAUAGGCUCACCAGACGAUGCGAGCCUCGGGUUUCUUAGGAGUGACAAUGCCAGAAGAUAUGUUAGGCAACUUCCUCAGUAUCCAAGACAACAAUUUUCUGCGAGAUUUCAGAACACUUCUGCUGGAGCUCUGGAUUUGCUAGAGAAAAUGCUCGUCUUUGACCCGAGCAAACGUAUUACAGUUGAGGAGGCUCUUUGCCACCCAUACUUGGCGCCUCUACAUGAUAUAAAUGAGGAGCCAGUAUGUCAAAGACCUUUCAUUUUCGAUUUUGAGCAGCCAACAUUCACCGAAGAGAAUAUCAAGGAACUCAUCUGGAGGGAAUCGGUAAAAUUUAACCCCGACCCAAUUCAUUAA